GUGACGAAAUAAAGAACAACUUAGUAUAACAAGACAUAAAAUUCUGUAUUCUAAACAAUUACGCUUUUGACAUACAUACGUCCAUUGAUGCAUUGCCAUCUUACGGUUGUCAUAUGUUAGAGUGACAGGGCGGACUAUUAAGAUAUAUAUUUUUUUGUCACUUGGAAUUUUGUUUGUUUUGAAAAAGAGGCUUCAGUAUUGCGGAAACAGGUACGAAUUUUAAAAUUGUAUUUAGUUGUGUGUUGAAAUAGUGUUUGUUUUGAUAUUGGCAUCGGAAUCGCGGAAAAAAGGUACGAUUUUUUUUUAUUUUAUUCAAUUGUGUUGGGAUUUUGUUUGUUUUGAAAAAGAAGCAUCGGCAUUGCAGAAACAGAACUAAUUGCAAUAAAAAUGAAUGGAAAAUCUGAAAUACGUCAACGUGACAUCAACCAUGGGGCCGGAAACGGAAACGGAAAGAUUCCAAACGGACAUAAAGAUGAAGAUGUAGAUACCAAAAAAGACCAAGAAUCAAAGAAAACACCGAGUAGAAUAGAUCAGAUACAAGAUACUUGUACCACAUGUUGUAUACCUUGUCUUACAAGUCAUAACCCCCUUCCGGAGUAUCCAUCACGAAUACAGCGGCUCGGGUAUGCCUUCAUGUUGCCUCUUCACGGAAACGUGGCCACCUACCUCCAGUUUACUGUCGUCUGCGUCCAGUUGUGGAUUAUUAUAUAUUCGUUAACUCACGGACAAGCACUUCCGGGAGGAAAUUUGUUUUGUUUACUGAUACUGUUUAUUGGUUGUGCUAUUGGAGGCUAUCUGAUUUCUCUUAUUCGACUACCUCCCUUAUUAGGGAUGUUGAUUGUUGGAGUAUUACUUAGAAAUAUACCUGGUGUCAACACAGUUGGUGAAAGUAUUGAGUCUAAAUGGUCAGGUGCACUCAGGAAAAUAGCCCUAACUGUCAUACUAACCAGGGCAGGACUUGGUUUGGAUAUUGUGAAGUUACGGAAGUUAUCAUGGGCUGUUCUACGAUUGGCAUUAUUACCUUGUACUUGUGAGAUUAUAACAGUGGGCGUAGCAUCACACUUUAUACUCGGGUUUCCAUGGAUAUGGAGUCUCAUGUUAGGAUGCAUUCUGGGAGCUUUGUCACCGGCCGUAACAGUACCCUCCCUCGUGAAUUUACAAGAUCGUCAGUACGGAGUGGAAAAGGGAAUUCCAACAAUGUUAUUGGCUGCUGGAGGACUUGACAAUGUUUUGUGUGUCACGGGAUUUUCUGUCUUCAUGGGAAUCAUAUUUUCUGAAGGUGAUCUAGCUGUGACUAUUGUGAAGGGUCCUUUAGGGGUAUUUGUAGGCAUAGUCUAUGGAUUUGUAGCAGGGAUAUUUCUAUGGUACAUUCCUUCAAAAGACAGCGCAAAUAAAGUGUUUUAUCGUUCUUUGUUAUUAUUUGGAUUCGGGAUGAUAGCCAUAUUUGGUAGUUCAGAAAUUGGACUAUCAGGAGCUGGUCCCCUUGGGUGUCUUACAACUGCAACUGUUGCAGGCUACAAAUGGCGCCUACGACGUAAACCAGGUGAACAGGACGAAGUAUCCAGUGUGAUGGCUUUGGUGUGGUUGAUUGCUCAACAUUUUCUGUUCGGAUUGAUUGGUGCAGCAGUUGAUAUUGGGAAAAUACAGUCAAGUACUGCUGGUUUAGGAAUCCUUACACUAGCUAUUGGUCUAGUGGUGAGAAGUGGUGUAGAUUUUACAGUUACUCUACGUACUGGAUUUAAUAUAAAAGAAAGAAUUUUUAUUACUCUUACCUGGUUGUCCAAAGCUACUGUGCAGGCUGCUAUUGGAGGACUUGCAUUAGAUAAAGUAAGAGAAAUGUCAAAUCCGGACCAAGAAAUGUUGAAUUAUGCCACAGAUAUUUUAACGUUGUCAGUCCUUGCAAUUAUAAUAUGUGCACCAAUAGGAGCAACCCUUAUGGCAGUUUUAGGUCCAAAAUUUCUACAAAAAGGAUACUCAGAGGAAGAAGUCAUCGAAGUUUGCACAACAAGCCCGGAUGUUAAUAAUAAACAUAUUCAGAUGAUCGAUAUGACAAAGAUGAAGGAUGAACCAAUUGAGUUAAAUGGAAAGCCUGAAAUGACCGAGAUAAUUAUAGAACCACUUGAGAACACGAAUCUAGAGAUUACAAAACAAUCACAUGAUGCCAAGGAUACAACGACAGACAUCGAACCUCAAAAACCAUCUUAUGAUGUCAUCGACACAACGACAGAAGCUGAAUCUCAAAAGCCAUCACUUGAUGCCAAAGAUACAAAGACAGAAGCCGAAUCUAAAAAAGGCUCGGAUGUAAUUGAAGUUCCUGUUCAUAAUGAAGAAAAAUUAAGUCUAGUUAAUGAUAAAAAUAUAACUUUAGAAUCAGAUGACUUUGACGAUACGAUAGACAUAAAUCAUCCAGAUUAUCCAGAAGUCUACAAAUCUCAUUUGAAAGUGACUCUGUCAGAUUCUAAAAUAAAAGAAACUGUUUCAAUAGUUCAAGUUGAAAACCCAAAAGUAAAAGACAGUGAUUCAAUUGUUGAAGCUGAAGACCAAAAAGUAACAGACACUGAAUUAAUAGUGCAAGCUGCAUACCUAAAAGUAAAAGACACUGAAUCAAUAGUGCAAGAUGAAGACCUAAAAAUAAAAGACACUGAAUCAAUUGUUCCAGCUGAAGACCCGAAAGAAAAAGAUACUGAUUCAAUAGUUCAAGAUGAAGAACUGAAAGUAAAAGACACGGAACUAAUUGUUCAAGCUGAAGACACAUCAAACAAAAAUGAACACAAAGGAUUAGAUAACCCAGGCUUUCAAAAUACAGACAGUGGAGACAAAUCUCUGGACAAGAACAUGGAUGAAAAAACAAUACAAACUUGAAGAUGAGAUGGCUUGCUAUCAUUGGCUAACAAAGAUAAACACAGAAGGAUGUUUGCCCCGCUCCGGACGUCGUGCGCGAACAUGAUUAUCCUAGGUGUAGUAUCAGGUGUGUGUGUGUACUGUAAAGGAUUAAUAUGACCAGAUUGACAUUCAAAGUCAGUUGUGUAUGCAAUUUGUACUAUACUGAAGUCUUUUUUCUGUUAAUUGUUAUUGUAUUGUUUUUACAUCAUUAAUAAUAAAACAUUUUGUGUAUUCAU